AUGGAUUUAAAAAUGACACUCUGCAAAAAUGAUGUGAAAAAGGAUGAACAUACAAGAGAAUCUACACAAUUAGAAGAGAAGAGUGAAGAUGAAGAAGAUAAAGAGUGCUUGAAGCAAGCAAUUACAGCCCUGCUUAAUCUUCAGAGUAGUAUGGAAAGAAUUUGCUCCAAAAGUCUUGCAAAGAGGAGGCUUAGUGAAUCUGCAUGCCGAUUCUACAGUCAACAAAUGAAGGGGAAGCAACUAGCAAUCAAGAAAAUGAACGAGAUCCAGAAGAAUAUUGAUGGCUGGGAAGGAAAAGACAUUGGACAGUGCUGUAAUGAAUUUAUUAUGGAGGGAACUCUCACACGUGUGGGUGCCAAACAUGAAAGACAUAUAUUUCUCUUUGAUGGUCUGAUGAUUUGUUGUAAGUCAAAUCAUGGGCAACCAAGACUGCCUGGUGCUAGCAAUGCAGAAUAUCGUCUGAAAGAGAAAUUUCUUAUGCGAAAGGUACAGAUCAAUGAUAAAGAUAAUACUAACGAGUACAAGCAUGCUUUUGAAAUCAUUUUGAAAGAUGAGAACAGUGUUAUUUUUGCUGCUAAAUCAGCUGAAGAGAAGAACAACUGGAUGGCAGCCUUGAUCUCUUUACAGUACAGAAGUACUCUGGAACGCAUGUUAGAUGUAACAAUGUUGCAAGAAGAGAAAGAGGAGCAGAUGAGAUUUCCAAGUCCUGAGCUAUAUAGAUUUGCAGAACCUGAUUCUACAGAAAAUAUUGUUUUUGAAGAAAACAUGCAGCCCAAAUCUGGAAUCCCAAUUAUUAAGGCAGGGUCUGUUGUCAAACUGAUUGAGAGACUUACAUUCCACAUGUAUGCUGUAUUAAAUGUAUGUCGACACUGGGUGGAACAUCAUUUCUAUGAUUUUGAGAGAGAUGUAGAUCUUUUGCAACGAUUGGAAGAAUUCAUUGGCACAGUCAGAGGUAAAGCUAUGAAGAAAUGGGUUGAGUCAAUCACGAAGAUAAUUCAUAGGAAAAAGCAAGCACAAGCCAUUGGGCCAACUCACAAUAUUACUUUUGAAAGCUCACCACCCCCAAUUGAAUGGCAUAUUAGCAAACAAGGACAAACUGAAACAUUUGACCUGCUCACUUUGCAUCCAAUAGAAAUUGCCCGACAGCUUACUCUACUUGAAUCCGAACUUUACAGGUAG